GCCCGUCCCCAUCAUCAUCUUCACCAUCACCACAUUUCUUUGCACAUUCUCAGCAAUCUUCAACAGCUCCAACAGGGCGCCCGUCUAAUUCUCCUGCUACGAAAUUAAAUGUGAUAAUUUACAAAUUUAAUGUUUUGAAUGAUGCAAAGAAAUGUGGUGAUGGUGAAGAUGAUGAUGGGGACGGGCCUU